AAGACAAACACAUAGACGAUGGACAACAGUCCAGGUGGUGGAGUUAUCCUGUACGCAGGCUCAACAGGCAGUAUCAGCCCUAGUCCUGGCAGCCCUUCUAGUGGCUAUCAGACCCAGUCACCCUCUUCCCAACCCUCUUCCCCUGAGGAGGCCUCCUUUACUGAGAUUGGUGCUCUCAAGCAACGAGUGGGUGGCAGCAAUACUAGUGGAGUCGUUGGCACACCACCCUCACCUAAGUUGGUUUUUCAGUUCCCUGAAGUGAGCCAUGCCCCAGUGGUGAACUCUGUUACCCCAACCGUGACUUCCAGCCAGCACACAUACUCCCAUCCUAUUGUGGGCAAAAGGCCGUGUGGAUUUACUGGCACUUUUACAAAGACUGGAGGCAUGGUGCUACUAUGUAAAGUGUGUGGUGAUAUUGCAUCUGGGUUCCACUAUGGAGUGCAUGCAUGUGAGGGCUGCAAGGGUUUCUUCCGACGAAGCAUCCAGCAGAACAUCCAUUACAAGAUGUGCGUGAAGAACGAGAACUGCUUGAUUAUGCGAAUGAACCGAAACCGUUGCCAGCACUGCCGCUUCAAAAAGUGUCUCUCUGUAGGCAUGUCCAGAGAUGCUGUGCGUUUUGGACGUAUCCCUAAACGUGAGAAGCAGCGACUGCUUGAUGAGAUGCAGAGCUACAUGAACAGCCUCAACGAAUCAGCUUCCAUGGACGUUGACUCCUCUCCUUCCACAGAGGCCCCUCCUAGCCCAGGAGAAAGCCAAUCAGAAGAAGUUAUUGGUGCAGUUUCUCAAGCAUAUCGCAACAUCUUUGCAAAUGGAGAGGAAAAAGUGGUCAAAACCAAUGGCAACAACAUGAACAACAAUAACAGCUCCUCCAACUGCCCGCAGUCUCAUUUUCACCAAAACAUACAGAAAGAAUGCCAUUCCCAGACAACAACAGACUACCACGCUCAACCACGAUGCCCGGUUAAACAUGACAACAAUUCAACAGCACAAACAGUUGACAAUGGUCGCUACACUUACCUGCAGUCCUCCAAUCACAAUGCAGGUGGCCCAGCCUCACUAAAUUACCUAGAGAAGCAAAACAGCUAUCCAGCUAGCAAGUCCAAGAGUCCGACUUCCUGUCCAUGGAGGUUAGGAGCAGGUGCUAAAGUUCUGGCUUGCCCUCUGAAUGCUUCUCCUGUAUCUCCUGCUGAUCGUUCCAGUCAGCAGGUGUGGGAUGCCUUCUCUCAGUGCUUCACACCAGCUGUCAGGGAGGUGGUUGAGUUUGCCAAGAGUAUCCCAGGUUUCCAAGAGCUCAGCCAGCAUGACCAGGUCAUGCUGCUUAAAGCAGGCACUUUCCAGGUUCUGAUGGUGCGGUUCUGCUCGCUGUUUGACGCUAAGGAAAAGACAUUGACGUUUUUGAAUGGGCAGACAUACCCCCUGACCUCACUGCGAGCGCUGGGUAUGGGCAGUUUGCUGGAUGCCAUGUUUGAGUUCAGUGAGAAGCUGGGCUCCCUGGCACUGGAACCAGAUGAGAUGGCCCUCUUCAUGGCGGUGGUUUUAGUGUCUGCAGAUCGCUCUGGUAUCGCGGACAUGAGCGCUGUGGAGCAGUUGCAGGAAGGUCUUAUCCAAGCCCUGCGUUCCCUCAUCACACGCAGACGGCCAGACGACACCUCGCUGUUCCCCAAACUGCUCCUACGCCUGCCCGACCUACGUACGCUCAACAAUCUGCACUCUGACAAGCUCCUCGCUUUCCGUAUCGAUCCUUGA